GCCGCUGGGCGAGAGGAGGACCACAGACACCUGGACCCUGUCCUUCCUUCGUCAGAGGAGCGUGACGCUGACGGCGAGUAUGUCCCACCAAACUGGAAUCAACGCAACAUCGGAGUUGAAAGAGUUUCUGGCCCGAGCGAGGGGAGGUACCAUCAGAAUAAUGAAGAUUGUCAUCCGAAAUGAGGAGUUGGUGUUGGAUUCCUACAGAGAAGCAGCGCAGCGCUGGGACAAGGAUUACGAUCAGUUCCUCCUUCCUCUGCUCACGCCUCAGGAGCCGUGCUACAUCCUCUACCGCCUGGACUCCCAGAAUGCACAGGGAUACGAGUGGGUCUUCAUCGCCUGGUCACCUGACCAAUCACCGGUGAGGCAGAAGAUGGUGUACGCAGCGACCCGAGCCACCCUGAAGAAAGAGUUUGGAGGGGGUCACAUAAGAGAUGAGAUGUUUGGCACGGUGGAGGACGACCUUUGUUUCCAGGGAUACUUGCGGCACGUGGCCUCCUGCUGCUGCCCCGCUCCGCUCACCGCAGCCGAGCAGGAACUGCAACGGAUAAAAGUCACUGAGGUGGAACUUCAACACGUUGGCUCAUUUGUUACAAUGGAGUUUGGCCUCGACAAAAGGCCACAUACUCUUCAGGGUCUCGCCUUCCCCUUACAAGAAGAGACCAAACAAGCUCUGCAGCAACUCAAGAAGAGGCGCAUCAACUACAUUCAGCUGAAGUUGGACGUGGAGAAAGAGACGGUCGAGCUGGUUCACACCAAGCCGACAGAGACCCACGAGCUCCCCUACCGGAUCCCCUCCGAUUGCCCCAGAUAUCACUUCUUCAUCUUCAAACAUUCCCACCAAGGGCAGCGGCAGGAGGCACUGGUGUUCAUAUAUUCAAUGCCUGGGUACACGUGCAGCAUCAAGGAACGGAUGCUCUACUCCAGCUGUAAGAACCGUCUGCUGGACGAGGUGGAGAGAGACUACCAGUUGGAGGUCACCAAGAAGAUGGAGAUAGACAACGGCGACGGGCUGACGGAGGACUUCCUGUAUGAGGAGGUGCACCCGAUGGAACACACCUUAAAGCAGGCCUUUGCAAAACCACGAGGACCCGGAGGCAAGAGGGGCAACAAACGCCUCAUCAGGGGGGCAGGGGAGAAGGGGGAGGAAAGUUAGAGAGUACACACACACACACACACGCACAUAAGUAUGCAAGCAUCUAUGAAUUCACUUGUUAUUUGACUUUUCAACUUGUAUCAAUUUCUUCCUUUUACUGCAAUUAAAUAUUUCACAAUGACAACAAGAAAAAACAAUAGA